AUGUAUCAGUCUCUUACAGGCAACCAUCCUAAGGUACCAUGGAGGAGAAUUUUGUGCAAUAACCAUUCCACUCCCAAGAGCCAAUUCAUUCUAUGGCUAGCUCUCUGGAGAAGACUUCCUACUCUUGAUAGACUGAUCAAGUGGAAAGCAGUUGAUUCUGACAUCUGUGUGUUAUGUAAUAGUAACAUUGAAUCUGCAGAACACUUGUUUUUUGAGUGCCCUACUUCUUCCCUGGUUUGGCAGAAGAUUCUGAGCUUACUGCAACUUUCUAGACCUACUGGUGGCUUCACUUAUGAAAUUCAGUGGAUGCUUAAGAGUUCCACUGGGGGUAAACAUCAACUGCUGAUGAUAUUUUUUGCUGAAAGCAUCUAUUCCAUAUGGCUGAAUAGAAAUGAUAGAAUUUUCAACCAACAUUGUAAACCUCCUACUGAACUCUUUAAAGAGAUUCAGUUUAGGGUUGCUGCUAAGGCAGUGUAG